CUCGUCACGUGACACGCGCAGCACGCGCCGAUGUAUAUUAUUGUCAAUCAAGCGAAUUGAAUCCCACCACAACAACCUUUUGACAACUAAGACUGCAGAACAUAAAGAAUGUAAUUUUAAUGGAUCAUUCGUGGAAUUGUGAGUGAUUAAUAACACGGUGGUGAUUAUUGGAAACACCAUCCAGACGCGAUCAGAACAUUAUUUCAUACAGUGACGGUGUAGAACAUUGUCUGGAAAAAAAGCAAUAUUACACGUUUGUGAGUGAUAAUGAUUACCAACCGCUUUCAAAACAAUCAUUAAGUUAUUUUCUCGGAAAUUCAAAAAGCAACCGUAUUUAGUGUUGUGGGUUUUUAGUAGGCUAAUAAUUUUGGAGAAGUGUUAUUAUCCAUUCUUAUGGCUACUUAGAACACUGAUUAUUCCAGCCAGACUAUUAAAAUCUAUUAAACAAAUAUUUACCUAUCAAAUAGAUUCUUGCAUAAUCUAUAGUGGAAGUGGUUAUUUUUGCGAAAGAAUCCGGUAGCUGCUUCAUCGCCUUUAAAUCGAUCUAGACAGGUUUUGUGCGUGGAAUACACAAAUAUAUGAUUUUUAUUCUCAUGAAAUUAAUAUGUUCACGUGGUUUAACGCGCCAAUAAAAACCACGUGAUGAUAACGUCCAAGCCAAUCAACGGAUACCUGCUAAAUGAACGUCUGCGUGGGAUUGACAGGCGACCCACUUUCCUUUCCUUUAAGGGACUCGGAACAAUCGUCUGUUUCUGUUUGGGAUUUGUGCUCUUCCUGAUAGCAUUCGGAUCAUCGGAAUGGUUUGGUAUCGAGAAUGGAAUAUCCGUGAGUUUAUGGCAGAAAUGUUCGAGGAGUUUUAAAACUGGUGAAUGGUCGUGUGAAUACUGGAUUAAAAUUCCAGAUUUUAUUCGUGCUGGACAAGGUUUUUGUAUUGUCGGAUUAUUGGCGUUUGUUAUAUCAGCAGUCAUCCUGGUAGCCUAUGUUGUUAUAAGACCUUUACAAGAAACACGUGGUAUAUUAAUAGCACUAUGUUUACUUAUAUUUACAGCAGGCUGUAUGGUAUUAAUGGCUGUAAUAGUAAUAGGGGUCAAAGGUGAAGAUUUCUGCAUGGAUAUAAAAAGAGACCGGUGGAAACUAUUUGAAUAUUUCGUGUCAGGGGUCGAUGCUUCUGGCGUCUUUUCUGUGGGGUGGUCUUUCAUCGUCGCCAUAUUGUCUUCAAUCAUUACGCUUGUUAGUUUUGGUUUCUGUAUGAUGGAGUUUCUUCGUAUCAAUGAACUUGCUUUACUCGAGACGUAACGUCAUAGCAAGUGAUAACAUGUGACGGUUGAUGCACAAAUAACAACAAAAGAGUUAAUUGUUCUCUUCGUCUAGGAAACCUAUAAACAGCGGGCCUUAGAGGAAACAUGUAAAUAAUGGGCCUUAAGAUUGAUAUGCCUAAAUCAUAAUGACUUUUACAAGGCCAAACCUCGUCUCUAAUGUUACAAUGUGGACUGGAACCUUUCGAUGGUGGGGUAGACAUUUGACCCAUGAUACGGCAAUGUUGAUUGGCGUGUGAGCAUGUGGCUGAUGAUUUGACGAUAAGUAGAAAGGCAUUUGACUCAAGAGACGGAUAUAGCGAUUCGAGUGGAUUGACACUUGACUCUUGAGACGGAUAUGGCGAUUGGUGGAUAGACAUUUGACUUACGAGACGGUGAUAUCGCAGACCCUUUCUUGGACACCUUCUUGUACUUUCCAUUGCGAGCGAUAUGGGCUAAGUUAUCUCCCCCUGUACGUAGAAAUAUAGAUUUAUAUAAGUAUAAUGAAAAUGUGGCUUAGCGUCCUACUAUUCUGCCCCGAAUAGGCUAAUGCUAGGUUCCCACUAUCGUGAUUCCUGCUACGAGUGAAAUCGUGGUUUUAAUCGUGGAGUAAGCGUGGUGAUCCUAUCAGAUCUUAUCAUAUAAUGAGGUCAGUCGUAGCAACCGUGUUGGCCGUAUUGAAACGUAUCCGAACGUAUCUGCACGGAUCGUGGACUCAAAAGGGACAAUCCUAUCGGAACGCAUACGCCAUACAGUGUGCUAUGAGGGACAUUUUGCCUGGACAGCGGCACUAUCGCCUACUCUUAUAUCGAAUUCCAAAUGCCAGGGGAUCUUUUACGUGCAUUCCAAUAUAUACACGGGGCCUCGGUUUUUCGUCUCAUCCGAAGUACUAGAUAGCUGUCCUUGUCAGGCCACCCGUUCUGCGCCACUGAUAAGGGGAGACCACGUCGGAACUUUCUCGGUCAAUGCAGGGAUCGAACACCCGACCCCUAGGCUAGCGAGCCAGUGUCUUACCCACCUAGCCAACGUGGCCCCGUAUCGGAUAUAAUUAUAAGAUAUACAAGUAUGACAUAUUAACUAUAAGAUGUGAACGGUCUUCAACAUGAGAUUGUAAUGUGAUAAUUAGAGAUAUUGUUGUUAUUAGAAAUAUGUUUUAUAUGUUAGUGCUUAUAUUCACCAGACACGUCAUGUAGAUUCAUUCCCAGUGGAUGUGGUGGGGGGGGGGGGUCAUUGAAACCUGUCGUCUGUAUCGCUGUUAUCAUCAAAAUCACAUGGGGAAAAAUAUGUGGGUGUUGUGUUCGAGGCAGAAUGCCUCGUUCUACGUUAGCAUGAAUACGCUAGUUAUUGUGACACGUUUUAAUGGACACGUACACAAACUAUAACACUACUUUGACAGAUUGUGUUUCUUGACUUUUAGGAUCGAUGGUAUUAUAUUUUAUUUUAUAUCACACAAUUGUCCCACUGAUCAAAUAUACCAUACACACCCCACUGUUCAAAUAUACCAUACACCACCCACUGAUCACUUCUACCAUACACAGUUGUCCCACUAAUCACAUAUACCAUACACAGUUGUCCCACUGAUCAAAUAUACCAUACACCCCCAUUGAUAAAAUAUACCAUACACAGUAGUUCCACUGAUCAAAUAUACCAUACACACCCCACUGUUCAAAUAUACCAUACACCACCCACUGAUCACAUAUACCAUACACAGUUGUCCCAAUUAUCAAAUAUACCAUACACCACCCACUGAUCACAUAUAUCAUACACAGUUUUCCCACUGAUCACUUAUACCAUACACCACCCUGAUCAAAAUAUCGUAAUUUACAACAGCCAUAGAGUUCUGUAUAUGCACUGUUAAGCUAAUUAUUAUAUUACGUUUAAUUUGUGGAUUAGGAAGAAAGACAUCUACAGAAACAUAAAUUGAGAACACUUAUCAAAUGUCAAGGAGUUUAGCUCAAAAUUGUUCUGUGCAUGAAAGAAAUUAAAUAAGAUCCUAACUCUGAAAUAAAUAAAUGUCGGUUUCAGUAUUCUAUAUACAUGUAUUCAAAUCCUUGAUUACACACUGUAGAUCUAUUUUAAUACUCAUGAAAGGGCAAACACCAACAGUUCCCCAGUGGAAAGAUCAAUCAUUUCUGAAGUUCAAGCCUAUUGUUUAAAAUUGUUAAUACCCAAGGAUGGGUACAUCCAACCCGUUGCCUGGUGGAAAGAUAAACUAUCUCUUAAGUUCAAACCUAUUGUCUGAAAUUGUUGCGCGUGUUUGUUGGUGUUAAACAAUACCUUACUCCAGAUAAAGGAUUACUAUUGAUGCCCAUGGUUUGUACAGUAGACAAUGACUUGUUAAGGUGGUUGUCUUCUCUGUCUUCCCUGACCUUGACCAUGGAUGACUUUAAAUACUCAAUACAGUUAAAUACUCCAUUAUGCUCCUUCAAUGCCAUUAAAUACACCAUUAUACUCCUUCAAUACCAUUAUAUACUCCAUUAUACUCCCACAAUACCGUUAAAUACUCCAUUAUAUACCUUCAAUACCGUUAAAUACUCUAUUAUACUCCUCCAAUACCAUUAAAUACACCAUUAUACUCCUUCAAUACCAUUAAAUACUCCAUUAUACUCCUUCAAUACCAUUAAAUACACCAUUAUACUCCUUCAAUACCAUUAAAUACUCCAUUAUACUCCUUUAAUACCAUUAAAUACACCAUUAAAUACACCAUUAUACUCCUUCCAUAAUUUUAUUCUCCAUUAGUAUUAAUAAUUUGUUUCGUUUAAAAUGAAAAAUUGACAAUAUAAUAACAAGGACUUUUUCGUGCAUAGUCGGGUUAGUAGAUGAUGUUUGACUUACCCCCCCUCCCCCUAACCCCUCCCCUCCGUCUUUCAAAUAUAUAAACUAUCCUCACGAAAACAUAAUGUUUAUAGAGUUUUAAGAUUAGGUUAACGUAGUUGUGAACGAUAUGUCAGACAUAUAGGAUUAUCUGAUUUAAUAGCAACGUUUCGCCAAUUCGGUCAUUUUUUAAAAUUUACUGAUAAAAUAGAUCGGUCUAUAUAUAAGGCUCUGUGAAAUUGGGACGUGUUGUGUAUAUGCACCUUGUGACCGAAUUCCACGUCAAUAUAGCCGUAUGUCUUGUGUUACGUAGGAGUUAUUUCCCUUAAUCCUGCCUUUCGUUAAACGUAUUGUCCAUACUUUUUAUAGCCAUACACUGUGGCAUCAAUAGGCCAAAAGUAAUGUAUGCACAUCAAGCCAAAAGUACAUCACUCUAUUAAAAUUAAAUUAUAAACACAUAGUUAAGACGCUGGUUUCAUCAAAUUAAAACUUGGAAGCUAAAUAUGUUGUCAAUUUCUAUGUCUACUGACAAUGUACUCACAAAAAAACUUCAUCCCGCAUGUUAGUCCCAUGCAGGAGAUUAGACAAUAUCCAAGAAGCUGUUUAAAUUAGUGAAGCUGUUUUUUAUAGGUCUGCAGGAUAAACAAAAUGAUUAGCCUUUGUAUGUAGGACACCAUUUAUUGUGAUUUACUGUCUGAUUAAAAUGCCGAUCUAUAUUUCUUUUCGUUUUUUUAUACUUUCGAUGGUCUACACUACAUGAAGAUCUGACCAGUUGUAGUGGGUGGUCGUCGUAUGAAGGGUCAGACAUUUGAUUAACCAAUCAGCGUUGAUGUUUCUAGUAGGAGACCCAUAGUUCCCUGCAUCGCACGCCAAGAACUCGCUGCAACAGACCGUUUCAUUAGCUAAUCCCUCACAUUAACCAGAAAGCAGAUUGUACAACAACUCUACCAGAUCCUAGUGUAGUAAAGGCAAGUUAAACGACAUUUUGAACUAUAAAAAUCGAAAAAAAAUAGAAUCUGUUUUAAUAUGAUUGUGUGAUUUAGGAAAACAGAUGUCAGUGACAUAACGCAGCAAGGUCACACGUCGUGAAAAGGAUGAUAUGCGUUCCUGCUGGGAAGUUUCAACUUUUCCCAGAUGGAUUAAUAAUAUAAUAUAUGAACAUUUUUGACUUGAAUAAUAGUCUUUGUGUGAUUUUGUGUUCUCUGCGAUAUGGGAUUAAUGGAUAAUCAUUUAAUUAGCCCCAGGGAGAUAAACUAUUGUCUAGUUAAUUGGGUUAGAGAGAUAAGGAGUGGUUAUUUAAUCAUAUCUAGGGGGGGGGGGGGCAUUGACUGAAUAAACAGGUCACAAACGGUGUGAUUACCCUGUUUAUAUUGAACGGCGUUGGCAAUUCCAAUAUUUUUGACUGUUGUAACUAUACUAAUGUCCAAAAGAAAGUAUACACACUAAAAAUAUGACUUAGUUUUGUUUAAAUCAACAAAAUGUGAUAAAACUAUACUGAACAUGUCUCGUGCGUCCAAACUCAAUAUUUCUAAGCAAAUAAACGGCAAAACAAAUAGACAUUGUACCCAAAUACCGCAUACAAUGGAAAAACGACUUUGUUUGAAGCAGGACGAAAUGCUCAGUGUAUAAUUUCUUUUGGACAUUAGUAUAUUUACAGAAGCGCAGCAAGAUGGACAGUGUUACCCCAACGCAGAUUGAGAGUGUUACGCCAACAAAAUACUUUCAGAUUAGUUAUCCACACAAUUCAAACAUAUUUUAUUGUUUCUGUUAUUUCAAAUAUGAAUAAAUCUUGUAUUUAAUGUUUUAAAUAAACAACCCAUUAAA